UGUGCACACUUCCUUCCCUCGCCCGCCUCCGUAUUUCCGUGUUCAGUAACAGGUAUUAGGCAUUAGCUUUCAGAAAUCAGAAGCUGGUCAGUUGACGAUUCAUUACCCGGUGAACUGUCGUCUUUUUGCUAGUUUUAACUAUUACUGAAAUAAACUCACCUAAAAUGCCGGUGGUUUUGUACUAUUUUCCCGUGAAGGCGCUGGGCGAGGCCAUAAGAUUGCUUUUAGCCUACGGCGGUCAAGAGUUCAAGGAUGAACGCAUCCCUAUAGAAAAAUGGCCCUCCAUGAAAUCUUCUAUGCCAUUCGGUCAAAUGCCGGUCUUGGAUAUAGACGGUAAGAAAUACUGCCAGAGCAUUCCCAUAGCACGGCUCUUGGGUAAGAAGUACGGUCUUGCUGGAGAUAAUGCUGAAGAGGACUUCGAGAUCGACCAGAAUGUGGAGUUCAUUAAUGACAUCAGAGCGAAGGCGGCGACCGUCCACUAUGAGGCUGAUUCUGAUCUGAAGGCGAAGAAACAUGGCGAGCUCAUGGAGUCCUUCUACCCCAUGGCCUUGGAGAAACUGGACGAAAUGAUCAAAAAGAACAACGGACACCUGGCUUGUGGGAAGCUGACAUGGGGAGACUUCAUCUUUGCUGGUAUUUUUGAUUACUUGAAGACGAUGAUGCAAAUGCCGGAUCUGGAGCAGAAGUACCCCAGCUUCAAACAGGUGGUGGACGGGGUGUACAGCAUACCCAAGGUGAAGGCUUUCAGUGACAACGCCCCAGAGACACCGUUUUAAACACCAAAUGAGGAGACCAUGGUGUAUGUGCCUUAAUGAUCCCACAUGGUUACUAUAAGACAGCGGAAUAAGAAAAUUGCAACUAAGUUAUGAAUAUUAAGUUUUCUGUAAUUUGUUAUAAUAAAUACUUAUGUAUAUA